GGGGGAACGCGAGAGAAAACAAGCAGCCAACAAACCAGAGGCUCGUGGAGGACCCAAGAUAGAGAAAAAGAGAGAAGAAUGGCUGCUGCUUCUUUCACCAUCCACUCAUCUUCUUCUCUUGUUCCCGCGACCAGAGCUUCGAAGAGUUUCCAUGGAGGCCGCCACCAUCACCAGUUCCUCAUCUUCCACGGUCCCGAACAAGCCUCCAGAGCCUCCAGGAAGCCCCUCUCUCUCAGGGUCCGAGCUGCCAAGCUUCCCUCUGGGGUGGAGGUGCCGAAAGUAGAGCCCAAGUUCCAGGCUCCAUUUCUUGGGUUCACAAGAACUGCCGAGGUUUGGAACUCCAGAGCUUGCAUGAUUGGCCUCAUCGGGACUUUCAUUGUCGAACUGAUAAUACACAAAGGGAUUCUUCAGGUGAUUGGAGUGGAGGUGGGCAAGGGCCUCGAUCUUCCUCUCUGAGAAAUUUCAACUCCCCUCAUGUUUGAAAUCUCCCUCUUUAGAGAUAGUAAAUACAAUGACUUCAUGUUGGUGACAACUCCCUUUGACUCUACCACUCUUGCUGCAUAACGAGUAACCCUGUGCUGCUACACUGGCUUUUCUUGUUGAAUAGCUUGCAUAGUUGAUUCCAAAGGUUUUAA